CCCAGUCUGGAGGUCACACGAAGAUCGAGGACGUGUGGGCCGCUCUGUGCCCAAACGCGGCCACCUCUUCCCAGCAUUGUGGGGCCGCACAACCACCGCGUCCUCCGCAGCGCCGCAGCGGCCGGGACUCGCGGCGCGGAGCGGUUCGGGAGGCGGCUGCGCACGCAGGGAAGGGGGGAGACCGGCAGGGGCCGCCGCCAGCGCCGGGCUGAGGGCAGAGCAGCGCAGCUCCAGGAUGACCGAAGCUCCUCCAAGUUACUGCUUUGUAGCCUUUCCCCCAUGUUCCAGAGAUGGGCUGGUGGUGUUUGGAAAGAACUCAGCACGGCCUAGGGAUGAAGUUCAGGAGGUUGUCUACUUUGCUGCUGCAAAUCACGAUCCAGGAAGUAAAGUUGAGUGCACAUAUAUUGAGAUUGAGCAGGUGCCAAAGACUCAUGCUGUCGUGCUGAGCAGGCCUUCCUGGCUUUGGGGAGCAGAAAUGGGAGCCAAUGAGCAUGGAGUAUGUAUAGCUAAUGAAGCUGUCGUGACCAGAGAACCAGCUUCUGAAUCUGAAGCAUUGCUUGGAAUGGAUCUUGUCAGACUCGGUUUAGAAAGAGGUUCUACAGCCAAAGAGGCAUUGGAUGUAAUAGUUGCUUUGUUGGAAGAGCAUGGGCAAGGAGGAAAUUACUAUGAAGAUGCAAGUUCAUGCCAUGCUUUCCAAAGUGCAUUUUUGAUUGUGGACAGAAAGGAAGCGUGGGUGCUGGAGACAUCAGGAAAACAUUGGGCAGCUGAGAAAAUCACAGAGGGGGUGAAAUGCAUUUGCAAUCAGCUUUCACUAACUACAAAAAUUGAUGCUGAGCAUCCUGAACUAAGGGAUUAUGUGAGAACUCAAGGCUGGUGGAGUGGAGACACAGACUUCAAUUUUUCUGAAGUGUUUUCUCUUGCUGAUGACCAUUUAGCCUGUUGUUCUGGAAGGGAGAGCUUGGAAAAGCAAAGUGGUGAUGUUUCUGCACGAACUAUGAUCGAUGUCCUGCGUGACAAGGAUAGUGGUGUCUGUGUGGACUCUGAAUCUUUCCUUACUACAUCUAGCAUAGUGUCUGUUCUGCCUCAGGACUCUAGUUUUCCCUGUGUUCAUUACUUCACUGGCACGCCAGACCCUUCAAGGUCUGUGUUUAAGCCUUUUAUUUUUGUUGAUGAUGUAAAACUAGUACCAAAAGUACAGUCCCCUUCUUUUGGAGAUGAUGAUCCUGCUAAAAAGAUACCUCGAUUCCAGGAGAAACCUGAUCGCAGGCAUGAAUUGUACAAGGCACAUGAAUGGGCCCAGUCUCUCCUUGAGAGUGAUCAGGAGAAGGGCCAGAAACUGAUGAGCAUUAUGUUAGACCUUGAAAAGCAAGGCUUGGAAGCAAUGGAAGAUAUCCUUACUCGUACAGAGAUUCUGGAUCCUGCUGAAGUAGUAGAUCUUUUCUAUGACUGUGUUGACACAGAACUAAAGUUCUUCAAAUGAACUACAGUGGCUACUGUUAGCCUUUUCACAGGAAGACUGCAAAGUCCUUCAAGCCUUGAGAGAAAGUCUUCACACUUAAGAAUUUGCAGGAAAGACAUUUCUAGAGGGGAGAAAAAAAAUGUUACUCACUAGCUAUAUCUGGUUAACAAAUUGCUUUCCUUUGUCCAAUCUUGUGGUGUUCCUGUUUGUGUAUGUAUAUAGUGAAAGGAGAAAAUCACUGACUGGUCCGAUUACUGUGUGCAUGCUGGCUAAUUUAGUACAGAAUGUUUUAAAAUGUAUGCUGGGCAACAAAUUAAAGCAAAGAUUAACUUCAUCAGGAUAACUACCAUAUUGUCAUUGAAAGCAAUCGGUUUUGGCUUUUAUUUUUCCUCUGCAGCUCAGGUCUAGGCUUGCAGCAAAGCUGUCUUGCAUUUUUGUCUUUUUGCUAAUUCGUACCAAGAAUAAUAGAUGUGAAAUCCCAGUUUUGAGGGGGCAGGAAGGUAAGUCCUGUUUCUUGACCUUGUUGUACCGGUCUCAUUUUAGCAGAUCUGGUUACAGUGACUCAGCAUCUCACAUGAUUAUGCCUGCGCAAAUAACCAGAAUUAGGUCCUCCAGGAUAAGUUUUGUCUUCAUCUGCUACCUUGUUGUUUGUAAUGCACCUGGCUAAUACCAUAGUACUGAGGUGCAGUCAGGCUGAAUGCCGAAGACAUCUGAAUAUACCCUGUUGACUCUUGAGAAACUUAAUAAAACAAUGUACUUGUAUACAAGCUAUAAACUUGGAAUAUUUUGAGGGAAUCGAUGCUGGACAUUCACAAUAACUAUUUUUCCUCUGGGACUUUGUAAUGCUGAACAGUUACUGGUGAUGUCAGUGAUGAGUGUACGUGGCUGAUGAAGCCAUUAAGUACCAGUGAGUUACUGGUGGGUGUGGUUAAGCUUAGAAAUGGUUGUUACGCUUCUUUAUAUGACAGCCCUCCUUUUUGGGUGUUUUCUUUUGGAAGUCAGAUGGGAGGAAAACUUUUAAGAAUUAAACCAGUAAAAGCUGCUUCCCGUGUCCUAUUAAGACAGCUGUUUUGACAGGAGGGAUAGACAAGAAGACAUCUUCAAUAUGUGGACAUUAGCAUUUGGAGAUACAAACUGUGUUCAGGGAAGAGAUAGUGAUGAAUCACAGACUUUUGUACUGAGAAAAUGAAAGCUACUUAGAAGGCAGCAACCCCUCAGACUAAAAUUAGGGAAGUUGCAAUAUUGGCACACUGGCUUCUCAGAUUUUUAAUUUUUUUAAUGAAUUUGUUCAAUCGAUCUCGUCACCUUGAUAUUACAUUAUACAACAAAUGAGAAUUGGGGGAAA